AUGUUCACUACGCUAGGGUCUUCAGAAUUAGAAUCAGAAGAUAGACCGUGCAUUGAACAAAAGGAUUACUACGGCGAUACGGAUACAGAUACAGAAAUGUCGGAUACUUCACGAUAUAUGGACUCGUUUAAUGAUAACGUGUCUAUUGGUACUUCUGAUACCAAAAAUACGGACAUAAUUGAUAUACUUCCUACCAUAUUGCCGUCAAUGAAGGAAUUACCGGAAUUGCCGAAACAAUUCACCCAUGACCACCAAGGCUUUCAAAAACAGAUAGAAAUAGGAAUGCUGAACGUUAAGAGCUUGGGCAACGUCCUUGACUGCAUCGAGGACUUGUUAUUACAAGAGAACCAAAUGAUUGAAGACGAAUUGGCUAAUGUGAUACGUGAAAUAGAGAAUAGCGUGCCCAACAAUACAUUUAAUAUUCCUAUUGAAAACAUGAUAACGGGACGUUCGAAAAGGUGA